AAAUAUGGAACUGUUUAUACCGGACACAUAGUCAUUAUCUCAUUGAAUUGAACGACUAAGCUAGUUAAACAUUUCCCCUAUGAUUUAUAUGGCAUUUUAUUGAAGAAGAGCACUUCUGGUUUUGCAGGGUUAAAGACCUUGUCAAGAGCAGCGGCGUUGUGCAGUGGGCGUGGCAUUUAAAGAGCUGCGCGAGUGAUCUGUACGGUGCGCAGGAUGGGCCAAUCAUCAUCCAGCAGCGGCAGCAGCUCUUCACGCGGCUGUUACAGCGCAGCACUCGCGAGCUCCACACGAGCGCGAGUUUUUUCUUCUUCACAUACCGGUGACCGGUUAGACGAGAAUUCGAUGAAAACCAAGGAGCUGCAAUCUGUUCAGAAGUGCUGGCGAGACGAUUUUAAAGAGGGGAAGACUUCUGUGGAUGUGAGAGUACAUGAACCGAAAAAACUUCUUUUAAACGCGAGUUCUUCCGGUAAUCAACAUGCGACCGAAGACUUGAUUCUUCUGAGUCGGGACACCCACUUUGAAAGUUCUGAUUCCCAAAGCGGACAGAAAGGAGUAGCGUUACGCGAGGAGAACCAUGAGUGUUGCGUCUCGCCGUGGGACAUGGAAAGAGUGUCAGAAGGAGGUGCCGUGACUCCAAGCAGAGUUUCGGAGGAAAAUGUGACCCAGUGCCUGAACGUACCAGACUUUUUAGUAGACUUCAGUUGCUCGUCUCCGUUAUCCAAACUUAAAAUGACCAGAAGUACAUCGCAACCCCCCGUGUCAGGUGGGCUGGGUGGAGAAGCGGAGCAACACGCCUCAAAUCCAUUCCCAAGGAUUAUUCCCAAACUAAUAGUCACCCAUGAUGAUUUAGGUCCUGGUCAGGACAGUCCGCACAUUAGUGAUUUGACUUUAAGCAUGAGCGGCUUUUCGCUGGACCUGCAUCCCGAUGAGGACUCGCCCUGCUCGGACAGCGGCUGUGGAGGCUCCCCUGCGCCCUCUCUGUUCCACAGGAAACUGUCCAGCUCCUCCUCUGCUGGAUUAUCUUCUGCCUCGUCGUUUGAGGAGUCUGAGGAUGAUUUCACAGGCAGCGACAUUGAGCCCACCAGUCUGUCCCCCAGUAUGAUCGGCAGUCCUGAUGAACUCACAGGGGCUAAAUCGUGGAGGAAGUUAAAGACUAUGGUGCACUGCUCUCCAUUUGUGGUUUCAUUUAAGAAACGAUAUCCUUGGGUUCAGCUCGCAGGCCAUGCAGGUAAUUUCCAGGCAGGCGAGUAUGGGAAACUAUUGAAGAAGUAUUGUGAAUGUGAGCAGCAGUGUCUUGAGAAGCUGAUGAAUGACAACCUCCGGCCGUUUGUUCCUGGUUACUAUGGUAUUGUGCAGCAGAACAACCAGGAUUACAACCUAAUGGAUGAUCUGCUGACCGACUUCGACUCCCCUUCAAUCAUGGAUUGCAAGAUGGGAAGCAGAACAUACCUGGAAGAAGAGCUGGUAAAGGCCCGUGAGCGUCCUCGUCUUAGGAAGGAUAUGUAUGAGAAAAUGGUGGCUGUGGACCCAGGAGCGCCUAGUCCAGAGGAAAGAGCCCAGCAGGCAGUUCUCAAACCUCGAUACAUGCAGUGGAGGGAAACGCUGAGCUCAACCGCCACUCUUGGCUUCCGCAUAGAGGGCAUCAAGAAAGCAGAUGGCACAUGCAACACCAGCUUUAAAAAAACCAAACAUAAGGAGCAGGUGAUGAAGGCCUUGAGUGACUUUGUGGAUGGAAACACACCAUUACUGAGGAGUUAUCUGCAGAGGCUGGAGGAGCUACGCAGCGCUCUAGAGACGUCAGAGUUCUUCAGGACACACGAGGUGGUUGGGAGUUCUUUGCUGUUCGUUCACGAUGCUUCAGGCCUGGCCCGAGUAUGGAUGAUUGACUUUGGUAAAACCGUCCCACUGCCAGCACCCCAAACCCUGGACCACCGCACGCCCUGGGCUGAGGGAAACCGGGAGGACGGGUACCUGUGGGGUCUGGACAACCUCACUGAGAUCUUUGGAGACAUGCUGCAGGACGCCACCCCUCCCUCAACCUGAUGGGAUACACAGAACAUGCCUGAGCCCGGAGGAUCACAUGUAGGGACACGUUGAUGGAGGGAGGCACACACCAGCAUAUUAGUUCUGAGACGAGUGUGCUCCUGUGCUGUCGGAGAGAUAAAGAGCCAAGUGGAAAAACUCCAGCUUAUUUUGUCGACAAGCUCUUUUUUUUCUUUCUUUUUUUGCACAUGUGGUCCUGCAGAUCCACAGAAGCUCCAGUGUCAAGGGUCAAAACACUGAUACUGAACCCAAACAGACUCGAGGAGCAACAAUGAGAAGAAACUAUCAUUUUAAGGGCGCACAGCCAUGAUUAUUCUUUUAAGAAUAUAUGCUAAAUUCACUUCUUUUUUUUUUUUUUUUUACCUACAAAUAAGAUAACACUAUCAAACUGGAAUGUGCUUUUUGUUUUGUUUUUCCUUGUAUAUUUUUCUUUGGGUUUCCAUGGUUAUGUAAAUAGUGCUUUAUUUAAUUUUUUUUUUUAUUUCUGUAGUCUAACCCAUACCUCAUUAAUUUCUGAAAGGUGGACUAACUGCCAUACUACAGGCAGACUGCUUUCUUUCAGUUUCCUGUGGUCUUCUAAUCUUGAUGAUACUUGUGGUAUAUGAUAUUUCCAUGACUCAUAUGUCCUUUUGAAUUUAGCAGAAUGGUAUCACCUCUUUAAACAGUUCAGUCAGCAGAAGUUUUACUACCAAACAGUUAACAUAUUGGCUUUGUCAGAAAUAAGGUAGUAGUUUGUGACAAAAAAAAAAAAAAAUUUUUUUUUUGCACUUCACUAACUGCCCGAGACAUUGAAGACAGUUAAAACCCACCAAGAUUGCAUUUUAUUAAUGAGAAAUAGAUGCAGUGUUUCUUAAAACUAGCCACGGUUACAAAGACACAACAAGCUAACAGGUAUAAUAAGUUAUAUACACAUGUUGAUGGAACAGUUUGUUCACACUUGGUAACCCAUCAGUAACUGACCUGUUUGCAUUGUUAGUCAUAUGGUUCGGUUUCUAGGUUAGCCAGUUGCAUGCAAGUUUAGAAUGGGUUUGAGAGGUUAACCAUCUUUAUCUGGAUCAACGACUAUUAACCUGAUUAUUUUUUUCUUCUUUUUUUUUUCUUUAAAUAAAUAGUUUUGUGAGCUUUUGUGUUGGUACACAGCAGAAUGACCUCCGACCUCAGCUCUUUCCACACCAUAGCAUGCACUGUGGAGUUCAGCUUCAUAGUGAUCACAUCAGCUUAUUUGCAUGAAGAACAAAUCUGAUGGUUGAUCUCUCAAACUGUAGUGGAAAUUUUUUUUGGUGUGUUAGCAGAUUGUAAGUGUCAGGGACACUGAUGUCAUGUUGUUGAGACGCAUUAGUUCUCAAAUUAGGUGCUGUGGUCAGCUCAAAAAAGACAAAGCAAAACAUAUUCCCAUCAUAACUUCCAUGUUUGCUUAAUUUCAGAUAGUCAUAAAAAGAUAACACCCUCUUGCACAAUAUCACAACUGUGAUGUUAAAGUCAUUACCUCACCUGGACACUUUUUGUUGACGUUAGUUUACGGAACAUGAUGUUCUACCACUCUGUGUGUGUGUGUGUGUGUGUGUGUUUCAUCUUAGAGCUUCAGAGAUUGUAUUUUCCUGCACACUGUCUGUUGGUGUGUCUGUCAGCAUUCCAACACAACAUUCCCAUCUGUCAGUAUUUCCUUACUGUCUUUCAGUAUUUCCUAAACUUAAUGUCUCACACAUUCUUUUGGAGAUCCACUGCGUUGUUUACAGAUUAUACAAAGUAUUGUGUGUCAUUCAAAUUGUUGAAAUUGGUUUCUCGCUACCACACUGGAUGUUUUAGAUGACAUGGAAAGAGAACUGGAACCUUUUUUUAUUUUUAGUUGUCUCAGCCCAUUUAAUACAGUUUGAGACAACUGUUUAAUUGCAAUAGGGACAAAGCUGAGCAUCUGUACUCACAUCACCUUGAAUCUUUGUCUUGAAAGCCAAUAAUACAAUAAACUGGAACUGUUAUUGUUUAAUA